UGCAAAUAAAUUUUGAUUCAUUAUUACUACUAUUUAAUAAAAUAAAAAUAAAACAUUAAAUCAUCAUCACAGAUUCACAGGUUUUCGUCCAUGAGAGAGAAGAAAGGCUCAAAGCCUUCAACCUCUCCCUGUGCCUUUCUCAGAGACGCAUACCACAAUUGCUUCCACAGGUGGUAUACGGAGAAAUUCGUCAAGGGUCAAUAUGACAAAGAAGAAUGCGUUUCUGAGUGGCAAAAUUACAGAGCUUGCCUUUCUGAGCAUUUAGAAAAUAAGCAUAUGAUUCGUAUAUUGGAAGGUGAAAACGUUGUUCAAGAUGGUGCUGUUGCUUCUCAGUAACUUGGAAGAUAAGCAUAUCACAUGUUUGAUGUAAUGCCACACAGAGAGAGACCUGUUCUGUUAUCACUGAUUAUAUAUUACUAGUACUUUUUCAUUCUA